AUGGGAGUGUUUUCCAAUAAGAUCGAUCGAGAACAACUCAAGCCUGGUGAUCAUAUUUACUCAUGGAGACAAGCGUACAUUUAUGCUCAUCACGGAAUUUAUGUUGGUGAUGGAAUGGUGAACCACUUCACAAGGGGAGGAGGGCAAGAAAUUGGAACAGGAACUGUGUUGGACCGUUUCCUUUGCAGUUCAUCACCCGCCAAAGAUACCGACACUCCAUGCCCAAAAUGCGGUGACCAAAAUAAGACUGAUGGUGUCAUCUCUUCCUGUUUGGAUUGUUUCCUCUCUGGUGAUAGUCUCUACCUUUUCGAGUAUGGUGUCUCAGCUCCAUAUUUUCUGGCCAAAGCUCGAGGCGGUACUUGCACCCUUGCAGUUGCUGAUCCAAAUGAAGACGUCCUUCGCCGCGCUUCUUUUCUUCUUGAAAAUGGAUUUGGUGGUUACAAUGUUUUCAAUAAUAACUGCGAAGACUUCGCAGUUUACUGCAAAACAGGUCUGCUUAUAUCCACAAGCAUCAGUGUAGGCCGCAGCGGACAAGCAGCAUCCUGCUUGGCUGCGGCUAGUACCGUGGUUUCUACACCACUUCGUUUCAUGACAACCAGUUUCAGUGGUUUGGCUGCUGUUGGGUACACCAUGUACUGUGUGAGUCGAUUGGUUUCAGAUAUUGGUGUUCGCCGCGAUGUUUCCAAAGUUCCCGUUGAAAUGCUUGUAGCUUCACCUGACAUAGAUGAACCUGAGAAGAUGGAAAUGCUUAUCGCUUCACCGGAAAUUGAUGCUCCCGAGAAGGUAGGAGACGUUUCCAAGGAAGAUUAG